CGGACGGGGACAGACGGACCGACGGGCAGCGAGAGACCGAGGACAGAGGGACACCAGCCUCCCCCCACUCAGAGACCUCGUCUCGGACCCCUCCCCCCGCGCCCCGGCCCAGGGGGGGCUGCCCCGUGCCCGACCCCCCCCAUGAGAUUUUUCAGGCUGACCUUCAAGUGCUUCGUGGAUUGCUUCUGAUUUCCCCCCCCCGCGGCUGCUGCGACCCCCCCCGCCUCCAGAGCACCCCCCGGCGCACCUCCCCCCCCAGCUCCUCUCUUUGCAAGGGGGGGGAGAGAUUUUAAAUUGCAUCCCUUUUCUUCCCCCCCCCCCCCGCCAAGACCCGCAUCCUGACCCCCGCCUCGUAAGUUUGUGGGGGCCUUCCUCUCCGCCCCCCUCCGUAGGACCCUCAGAUCCCCCCCACUUGAAUCCCUGCUCCAGCGCCCACAGACCCCACCGCAGCGCCUCUCCCAGACCCGGAUCUUCCCCCCCCGCACCUCCUAGAUUGGGGGGGGCACCGAACCCGCCCCCCACCGGACCAUGAGCAAAGGGAGCUUGCUGGAAAACGGGGUGUACAGCGUCCCCUUGGGGGGGGUCAUGUGCCAGGAGCAGGAGGGUGGGGGGCUGGUGGCGGUGUCCCGCAAAGGGGACCGGGGGGGCCCCCUGCCGGCCCCCCCGCCGCCCGCCGCCGCCCUGCCGCCGCCCCCCCGGGAGACCUGGACCCGGCAGAUGGAUUUCAUGAUGUCCUGUGUGGGCUUCGCUGUGGGGCUGGGCAACGUCUGGCGCUUCCCCUACCUGUGCUACAAGAACGGCGGAGGUGUCUUUCUGAUCCCCUAUCUCCUCAUCGCCGUGAUGGGGGGGGUCCCCAUUUUCUUCCUGGAGACUUCGCUGGGACAGUUCAUGAAAGCUGGGAGCAUCAACGUCUGGAACAUCGCACCCCUGUUCAAAGGUCUGGGCUUCGCCUCCAUGGUAAUCGUGUUUUACUGCAACACCUACUACAUCAUGGUGCUGGCCUGGGGCUGCUACUACCUGGCCAGCUCCUUCGCGGACCCCCUGCCCUGGGCCACCUGCGGCCACCCCUGGAACUCGCCCGAGUGCACCGAGAGCUUCCGCCCGUCCUGCGCCCCCGGGAACCACAGCUGUGAGCCCGAGGGGCGCUCGCCCGUGCUGGAGUUCUGGGAGAACCGGGUGCUGCACCUGUCGAGGGGCCUAGAGGUGCCGGGGGCCAUCAACUGGGAGGUGACCCUCUGUCUGCUCGGGUGCUGGGUGCUCGUCUACUUCUGCGUCUGGAAGGGCGUCAAAUCCACCGGGAAGAUCGUCUAUUUCACUGCUACAUUCCCCUACGUGGUGCUGAUCGUCCUUCUGAUCCGGGGCGCCCUGCUCCCCGGUGCCGGCGCCGGGAUCCUGUAUUACCUGAAACCCGACUGGUCCAAGCUGGGAUCCCCUCAGGUCUGGAUCGACGCGGGGACUCAGAUCUUUUUCUCUUACGCCAUCGGUCUGGGCGCCCUGACAGCCCUGGGCAGCUACAACCGUUUCAACAACGACUGCUACAAAGAUGCCAUAAUCCUUGCCCUGAUCAACAGUGGGACGAGUUUCUUCGCUGGCUUCGUUGUAUUUUCCAUCCUGGGCUUCAUGGCGGCAGAGCAGGGGAUCGACAUCUCCAGGGUCGCAGAAUCCGGGCCUGGCCUGGCGUUCAUCGCGUAUCCCCGAGCCGUCACCUUGAUGCCCAUUGCUCCCCUCUGGGCAGCUCUGUUCUUCAUCAUGCUGCUGCUACUUGGACUGGACAGCCAGCUGGUGGCGCUCCCCCCCAGUUUGUGGGGGGUGGAGGGUUUCAUUACAGGGAUCCUGGACUUGCUCCCGGCCAGCUGCUCGUUCCGGUUCCAGCGGGAGGUGACGGUCGCCCUGAGCUGUGCCCUCUGCUUCUUCAUCGACCUCUCCAUGGUCACCGAGGGGGGCAUGUACGUCUUCCAGCUCUUCGAUUACUACUCGGCCAGCGGCACCACGCUGCUCUGGCAGGCGUUCUGGGAGUGUGUCGUGAUCGGCUGGGUGUACGGGGCUGAUCGGUUCAUGGACGACAUCGCCUGUAUGAUCGGCUACCGGCCCUUCCCCUGGAUGAAAUGGUGCUGGAUGGUCCUGACGCCCCUCAUCUGCCUGGGCAUUUUCCUCUUCAACGUGGCCUAUUACAAGCCGCUGAUCUACAACCACACGUACGUGUACCCCUGGUGGGGCGAGGCCAUCGGCUGGGGCUUCGCUCUCAGCUCCAUGCUCUGCCUGCCCCUCACCGCCCUCUACAAGCUCCUCCGCGCCAAGGGGACCCUGGCCGAGCGCUGGCACUGCCUCACCCAGCCUAUCUGGGGGCUGCACCACCUGGAGUACAAACUGCCCGAGCGGGACGGGGGGGCGCUGACGACGCUGAACCCCGGCACCGAGGACAUGGGGAAAGUUGUGAUCCUGGAGAGCGUCAUGUGACUGCGAGCACCCCCCCAACCCCCCUGGCACAUCUGCCACUCAAAUCAUACAGCCACUCUAUGCGGGGGCGGCAGGACCCCUGAACCAGCCCCCAGAACCCCGGAUGCCUGGGUUCUCUCUCUGGCUCUGGGAGGGGAGUGGGGUCUGGUGGUUAGAGCAGGGGGCCCAGGAGCCAGGAUGCCUGGGUUCUCUGGGAGGGGCACCCAGAAUGGUUCCCCUGUUCAGACCCACACACCCCAGAGCCAGCGUAACACCCCCCAGUAGGGGAACCCAGGCGUCCUACCCCCCCAUCCCGAGCCCUUGAACACAGAUUAUAUUUUUCACAUUUUCUA